CCUCCGAACAUCCUGCCUGACUGGAUUGGGUACCAGAUGAAAUGUUUCUACUUCUCAGAUAAAGAAGAAACCUGGUCUGCUAGUCGAGACUUUUGCUCUUUGUACAAUGCCUCUCUAGCCAUUAUUGAAAAGGAAGAAAAGGAUUUUGUGCAGCGUUACAAAGGCACCACUUCCCACUGGAUUGGCCUCCAACAAGACCCGAAUCAACCCUGGAAAUGGAUCAAUGGAAAUGCUUCAACGUGGGAGGUCCUUCGUGAUGGAGGGAACUGUGCCUUCCUGAAUGACGAAGGGAAAGCAAGCUGUUCCAGAUGCCAUACCUUCCAUCACUGGAUAUGCAGCACACCUGAUGAAUUCACAAGUCCAAAGAUAGUUUGAAGUCGUAUGGCUUCCAAUCCACUCAACUGGAAUUAUCUCCUAAUAUUGGCUAAAGUAACACAUAGGCCUUACUUCCAGAGAAGGGGAAAUUAUUUCUGCCUUUGCACACCGUAAACCUACCCUAUCUGCUGGGGAUAUGGUUUUCCUUGGCUCUUGCCAGUGGUCAGCGAUCAAAUCUUAGGAUGUCCUUUUUGAACAGAUGACAGCCGCUGGAGUCGGGGGGGGUGCGAAAUCAAGGGGGGGGCAGAGAUUUCCCCUCCCCCUCCCCUUUGACUGUAUUGAAAGAAACCCUUCUCAGACUUUGGGUUGGGAUAGGUAGAAGAUGCUUCAGGUGUUUAAUCAGUGGCUUAUUUCCUCUGGAUUUUCUUCUGCAUAAUAUAGUCUGUGUUUCUGCUGUUGCACUGUUACAUUAUUAUUAUUAUUCCUUUAUACUGUUUACAUUUCUACAUUGUUUACUAG